AUGAAGUUCUCCGCUACCAUCCUCAGCGCCGCGUUGCUCACAACGUCGGCUAUCGCAGCUCCUCUCACCGAGCAGCGCGCAGCACGCAAAGCUGCCCGCGCUGCGAGCCGAGCCGAGCGUAUCAGCCGUCCGGCUUACAAGCCCGACACCAAGGAGCUUCUCAAGGUGAACGGAACCACCCAGGAGGAGUACAGCUCCAACUGGGCCGGUGCUGUGCUUAUUGGCAGCAAGUACACCUCGGUCACCGGUGAAUUCACCGUUCCCAAGCCGAAGCUUCCCUCCGGUGCUUCGUCUGGCGAGCAGUACUGCGCCUCCGCCUGGGUCGGUAUCGACGGUGACACUUGCGACACCGCCAUCCUCCAGACUGGAAUUGAUUUCUGCAUCCAAGGAAGCGAGGUUUCCUACGAUUCCUGGUACGAGUGGUACCCGGAUUAUGCCUACGAUUUCUCCGGCAUCUCCAUCUCCACUGGAGAUGUGAUCAAGCUCACUGUGACUGCUAAGUCCAAGAACUCCGGCUCUGCUGUCAUCGAAAACCUCACUUCUGGCACAUCUGUCACCCACAAGUUCUCCGGUGUCGAUGAUGGAGAUCUCUGCGAGACCAACGCUGAGUGGAUUGUUGAGGACUUCGAGAGCGGCGGCUCCUUGGUUCCCUUCGCCAACUUCGGAACUGUGACGUUCUCCAAUGCCGAGGCUGUCUCUGGCAGCUCUACUGUUGGCCCAUCUGGCUCUACUAUCAUGGAUAUCAAGCAGAGCGGUAAGGUCUUGACCGAGUCUUCUGCUAGCAGCGGCAGUGUUACUGUCAGCUAUGCCUAA